AUCCCAUAGCCAAACAUUAUAUUAAUUGUGAGCAAAUACAUUUACAAUGGAGUUGUAUCACAACCAAUAUUAUGUAUUCACAAUUUUUUCUGUUAUUUUUGUGGUAAGUCAUGCAGCAAAUUUAUCUCCUGAGGUGUAUUGGAGAGUCAAAUUUCCCAAUACUCCCAUGCCCACACCUAUCAAAGAUGCACUACAUAUUAAUGAGAAACCUGCAUAUAAUGGAGAUGGAAACACCAAAAUAUCACAACCAUGGGGAGUGGGUGCAUGGUAUAAGGCUGCCCCAGAGGACGAGCUUCACAAAAUACGCCAACCAUGGGGAGUGGGUGCAUGGUAUAAGGCUGCCCCAGAGGACGAGCUUCACAAAAUACGCCAACCAUGGGGAGUGGGUGCAUGGUAUAAGGCUGCCCCAGAGGACGAGCUUCACAAAAUACGCCAACCAUGGGGAGUGGGUGCAUGGUAUAAGGUUGCCCCAGAGGACGAGCUUCACAAAAUACGCCAACCAUGGGGAGUGGGUGCAUGGUAUAAGGCUGCCCCAGAGGACGAGCUUCACAAAAUACGCCAACCAUGGGGAGUGGGUGCAUGGUAUAAGGCUGCCCCAGAGGACGAGCUUCACAAAAUACGCCAACCAUGGGGAGUGGGUGCAUGGUAUAAGGCUGCCCCAGAGGACGAGCUUCACAAAAUACGCCAACCAUGGGGAGUGGGUGCAUGGUAUAAGGCUGCCCCAGAGGACGAGCUUCACAAAAUACGCCAACCAUGGGGAGUGGGUGCAUGGUAUAAGGCUGUCCCAGAGGACGAGCUUCACAAAAUACGCCAACCAUGGGGAGUGGGUGCAUGGUAUAAGGCUGUCCCAGAGGACGAGCUUCACAAAAUACGCCAACCAUGGGGAGUGGGUGCAUGGUAUAAGGCUGCCCCAGAGGACGAGCUUCACAAAAUACGCCAACCAUGGGGAGUGGGUGCAUGGUAUAAGGCUGCCCCAGAGGACGAGCUUCACAAAAUACGCCAACCAUGGGGAGUUUAUAGAUGGUAUCAGGCUGCCCCAGAGGACGAGCUUCACAAAAUACGCCAACCAUAUGGAGUUUAUAGAUGGUAUCAGGCUGCCCCAGAGGACGAGCUUCACAAAAUACGCCAACCAUAUGGAGUUUAUAGAUGGUAUCAGGCUGCCCCAGAGGACGAGCUUCACAAAAUACGCCAACCAUAUGGAGUUUAUUCAUGGUAUCAGGCUGCCCCAGAGGACGAGCUUCACAAAAUACGCCAACCAUAUGGAGUUUAUUCAUGGUAUCAGGCUGCCCCCGAGAACGAGCUUCACAAAGUACACCAACCUUGGGGAGUGGGAUCAUGGUACAAUGAUGCUGCUAAGAAAGAUCUUAAUGACAAUCACCCAGUGACACCAUACUUCUUUGAAACAGAUUUACAUCAAGGGAAAAAAAUGAACCUUGAAGUCUCUCAAAAACUACAAUCCAGCACCCAUUUUGCCACGCAAAGUUGUAGAUUCAAUCGCUUUCUCAUCAGACAAAAUUGAGGAAAUUCUUAAUCACUUCUCCGCUGAUAAGGACUCAGAACGUGCUAAAGACAUCAAAAAAACAAUCAAAAUGUGUGAAGAACCUGCAGGUAACGGAGAGGUAAAACAUUGUGCCACUUCUUUGGAAUCUAUGAUUGAUUUCACCUUAUCUCACCUGGGAACAAACAAAAUUAUAGCAAUUUCCACUGAAGUAGAGAAGGAAACCCCAGAGGUGCAAACAUAUACCAUCGAA